AUGCCUGGAAAACACGUCAACUGGCGACGAGCUCGCCAGGAUAUGGAUCCAGCAAAGCGAAUACUGACCAUCUGGUUGGUGCCUCGACACAGCACCGGCUCCAAGAGCGCGUGCAUCACUUACACCUGGUCUACGCAGUCGUAUGUCUACUAUAGCUGCGCCGAGUCCAGGACUACCAUCUCUGUCUCGAUGGACACAUCUACUGGCACAUGGUCGCCCCCGACCGAUUCAAGCAUAUUCCAUCCCAGUUCGGCCAGCAGUUCAGCCCGCAGUUCGGGUGGGACGGGAGCUCCUCAGCCAACGUCCACUGGCAAUGACAACACGCCCGGGCUGGGUCUCGAAAGCGACUUGGCAGCCCAUGAGAGAACCAAGGCCGCCGUAGGAUCAGCAAUCCUGGGAGGCGUCCUGCUCGGCUCCUUUCUGCUGUUCGGCUGCUUCUUCAAUCCGCCAGGAUCGGAUAGGGCCAAUGAAGAAAACCAGCCCUCGCCUCCUCCUGGCGAGAACGCCGGGCUCUUGGGGAGUGGCCAGGAGAUGCACACCCCGGGGUCUACCGUAUCGCACUCUACCAUAUCGGAGGGCAGGUUCUACGGACAGCAGCCGAUACUUCUGGGGAGCGGUCAGGAGAUGCACACUCCUGUGUCUACUAAACCAGAGGCUAGAUUCUACCAACAGCAGCCGAUAAUUUAUAGCCCACAGAGAGAGUAUGCCUGA